UACCAUAAAUAACAGCGAUGAAGGGAAUAAUAAAUAGUGUUAUGCCGUAUUCACUGAGUCUUUCUUUUGCUCUGCUAGUAAGUGCGUUUCACUUCUCAUUUGGGCUCAGUUCCCAGAAAGGCAAACAUAAUUUUGUAGUCAUUCUUACUGACGACCAAGAUGUUAUGCUACAAGGGCUGACUCCAAUGACGAAUACUAUUCAACUGUUAGCAAAUGAAGGAGCAACGUUUGUUAAUGCCUUUACUACAUCUCCAGUCUGUUGCCCAUCUCGAAGCUCAAUUUUAUCUGGGACAUAUGCGCAUAAUCAUAAAACAACCAACAACUCCCGUUCUGGCGGAUGUUAUGGUACGUUCUGGCAACAGCAUAUAGAACCAACGUUACUACCUACAAUGCUCUCCAAGGCAAGAUACCAGACCUUCUAUGCCGGAAAAUAUUUAAACGAAUAUUUCAGCGAUUCGGUACCACCUGGAUGGUCUCAGUGGUACGGUUUACAUGGAAAUUCUCGGUAUUACAACUUUACUGUAACGGAAAAUGGAAAAAUCGUCACUUACGACAACCUUUACUUCACUGAUUAUCUGCAUACAAAAGUUGUAGAGUUUAUCGAUCAGGUAGGUCAAGAUGGACCAUUUUUCGCCAUGAUCGCACCACCAGCACCACAUGCACCGUAUACACCAUCAGACAGACACAAAGAUCUUUUCCCGGACGUAAAAGCUAUUCGUACACCGAACUUCAAUAUGCCCUCUGGACCACUAGAAAAACACUGGCUUUUAACUAUGCAACCAUCAACUCUUCCCCUAGGCCUCAUAAAACAGUUGGACGUUAUUCAACGCAAAAGGUGGCAGACAUUGAUGGCAGUGGAUGAUAUGGUGAAUGGUAUUGUUACCAGCUUAAAGCGGAAAAAUAUAUUGGAUAACACCUAUAUUUUCUACACAUCAGACAACGGGUAUCAUAUAGGGCAAUUUGCUCAAGCGUACGAUAAACGCCAACCAUAUGAAACAGAUAUACGUAUUCCCCUUAUUGUUAGAGGUCCUGCAGUUACCCCCAAAACACUGCAGCAAGAUCCAGUAGCUCUUAUAGACAUUGUUCCUACAAUUUUACAUCUAACCGACUUAGAAGUUCCACCUACCAUGGAUGGUCGACCAUUACCUCUAGACAUCCAAGAAAAGGGUAUCAAAGAACGACAAAUUCUAAUUGAAUAUUGGGGGGAAGGCUCGUUGGAAACGUAUAAUUCAGAAUGCCCAUGGCAAGCGCAGGAUCUGCUUCAGCUGUGUUCCUUAGAUGCUGCAUGCCAUUGCCAAGAUGCAUGGAACAACACGUACAAUUGCGUUCGGCAUUUGCGGGAAGAUCUCAAUUUUAUUUACUGCGAAUUUAAAGAUAACGAGCACUUUGUUGAGGCCUACGAUCUAACGAAUGACCUGUAUCAAAUGGUAAAUGUUGGUUAUGAUAUUCUGCCAUCCGUCAGUGCGAAAUACAGCCUAGCUUUAAUGAAUCUAACCGCGUGUGCUGGACCAACAUGUCAUGUUGUUUAUUGAUGCGAUCCAGCGUAAAGCGUCCGGUUUUAACCAACUAACCGAAUUUGUUUUUUCAGUUAAUCUACUUUAAACCCGAACUGAACCUGCACUUAACUUUAUUUUAUAUAGUUUUUGUAACAAUACCAAUUGAAAU